AUGGCCACUACAUUCUCAUGUACAACUUGCCAUGUAGCAUUUCACAGUGCUGAUUCUCAGAAAAUCCAUUGGAAAUCUGAUUGGCAUCAUUAUAAUUUGAAGAGAAAAGUGGCUAGCCUUCCUCCCUUGUCUGCUGAAGUCUUUGCUGAGAAAAUUCUCUCUAUCCAAAAACAUAAUGAAGCUGUUCAGAAAAAAGCUGAGUUUUAUCGUGAGUGCAACUUUUGCAACAAAAACUUCUAUUCAGAAGGCGCCUAUUCUUCUCAUUUGGCUUCAAAGAAGCAUCGCGAAAGUGUUCGUAAUUCUGAGAUGAAGUCCCGUACGGACAAUUUGAAACAAGAUGAAACAAGCAGCGUCACCUCGUCAACCCUUUCUAUGGGAGAACCUGUCGAUGAAAGUGCUGGAGAAGAAGAACUUCAAAACUUGUCAAAACGCUUGGCAUCUGAGUCGGUUUCAAUCUCUGAUCCUUCUUUGAGGAAUGAAUCCAACUCAAAGGAUACUCCUCAAGCACAAGCAUCCGCUUCAAAGGCACCCGCUGACCCAACUUCGGAAGACUUUGAAAAGGAACUCGCUCGUCGUGUAAGCCAAAAACUGGGUCUAAAAGACUGCCUCUUUUGUAAUGCUUCUUUCUCUUCUUUUGAAGCAAGCAAGAAGCACAUGAAAGCGAUUCACAGCUUGUUCAUUCCCGAACGAGAAUUUGUUGUGGACGAACCCGGACUGUUUGAAUAUUUAGCUGAAAAGGUUUCUAUUGGUUACACUUGCUUAACAUGCAACCGUCAAUUCAAAUCAUUGGAGGCUGUUCGCUCUCACAUGCAGCAAAAAGGACAUUUCUCUAUUGCUUAUGAUACUGAGGAGGAACAACUUGAGCUUUCUGAUUUCUACGAUUUCACUGCUUCCUAUCCUGAGUACGACAAACCUCAAGAGAUUAUUGAUGUAGAAAACGCAGAAAAUGAUGAGAAUUGGGAAGACGCUUCCAGUGACUCUGACUCCAGUGUAGAUAGCAUGGAUGUUGGUAGAGUGCCUAUAGCUGACGAGUACGAACUUCAUCUGCCCACUGGUGCUCGUGCCGGUCAUCGUUCUUUGUCUCGUUAUUUCCGUCAAAACAUUCGUCCUCCCAGUACUACUGCCGUCGGUGAUGGUGCUGCUGUUCAUCAGAAUGUUGCUAGACAUGCCACCAGCGGAGAAGCGAUGGCUCGCAGCCGCGCUGUGGAAAGUAGUCUUGCUGGUGUCAAAGACGGAAGGAAAAAAUUCAGUGCCUCUCAUAUCAAUACACACCAAGAUCGUCAAAAGAAAGAGCGGUUUUUCACCAAAAUUGCCUAUAAGAAUAAUACGAAGCGUCACUAUCGGGAUCCACUUUUGCAAUAA